AUGCCGCUGAAGAACAAGUACGGGGUUUUAAAAAUUGGGAUAGAGUACGACUACAGCGGUGGGGACUGCCACGAGAUAGACGAGUUGAGUCCAGAUUUCCUCGUAACAAAACUGUUCAGAGGAAACCAGGCACAUGGAAAAUUGCUUAGCCAUUCUAACUACGCUGCUUCACCAUGCGGAAGCCUGAACACAUAUAAGGUAGACCCCCUUUUUGGUCACAAAUUUGAGGAUAACGACAUUUGGAAGCAAAACAUCUACGGGGUCACUUCUGAAUGGAUCGACCCAGAUAAUGAGAGCGAGCAUCUAAGUGCAUACUCUCUCGACGCGCUGAACAAAGAAAUGCAGUGGGCCAGUUACAUAUCCAUAUCCCACCUAAUUGUGAACCCUCCGUCUUACAGGAAGUGCGAUAAUUACGCUAGAUGCAUCAAUGCCAAUAUUCACAACUACAAUGGGGUGUCUAUCAUUGUCAAAGUGCCGCUAGCAAUAAGGGUGGAAAGGGAGGCACUUGAGGAUAGCCCCCGUGGUGGUGGGGGGGCAUCCUCCUACCAAACCUUGAAUGGCUGGAAUUUGUGGGCAAAUUUUACCCCCUACUGCAACGACAAUUUUUCCAAUUUGAGCGUAGGUAUAGAAUUAGUAAACCCUCAAAAUGUCGACAUUAAAGGUAUGAAUUUAGAUGUGUGGAAAUCGGAACCAGUGAAAUUAAUCCUCAUACCGCUGAAUGUAUUUGCCAUUGAUUCGAAGACAGGUUAUCCUUAUCUACCCAAAAAGUUAAAAGACCUGUUAGUGUACUUUUUUAGAAAAAAUAUCGAAAUAGUAUUAACAGGAAGAGGCAAAAAUGAGUACCCCUUGCUGAAUGGUGUGAAGAAGGAGGAAGUGCACAGUAGUGGUACCCUCCAAUCCGAUGUGCACUUCCUCAAGUGCUGCAUUUAUUACUUAAAAAGGCUUUUCAUGUCCAUCGAAAAUUUCGAUAACGAAACGCUGUUUGAUAGUGCUUACUGGGACUAUUUGCAGAUACCUUUGCAACCAUUGAAGGAUAAUUUACCCUCCCAAACGUAUGAAAUUUUCGAAAAGGACAGAACCAAGUAUGAGCAGUAUGAACUAGCCAUUAGCAAGUACCUGUCCGUGGAAUUACAAAAAGGGGGAAAUAACAAUGUGAAGGGAAGAGACAGAGAUAUCAUCAUCUUUGUGGUGGGCGCAGGAAGAGGACCACUAGUGGACUGUACCCUGCAAGCCUUAGAAAAGAAUAAAAUCAGCAUGUAUCAAAUUUACGCAAUAGAAAAAAAUGAUAGUGCCAUUUUGGUGUUGCAAAAUAGGGCAACUACCAACCCGAAGUGGAAACAAGUUAACGUAAUACAUAGCGACAUGAGGUACCUCCAAAUAGAGAAAAAGGCAGAUUUAAUUGUAAGUGAAUUGUUAGGCUCCUUUGGAGAUAACGAAUUAUUUCCAGAAUGCUUAGAUGGAAUACAAAAGUAUCUCCAAGACGAUGGGGUGAGCAUUCCGCAAAAUUGUGUAUCCUACAUGGAGCCCAUUUCUUGCGCACAAAUUUACCACAAAAUAGGACAAAAUAAUUUCACAGGAUAUAAUGAAAUAUUCUACAUUGUAAAUAUGUACUCCUACUGCAAAAUUUCGGAUGGUGAACCGGCUGAAUGUUUCACUUUCCAAGUCCCCAACGAAAAAAUCCAAAAGGAUAACUCACACAAUAAUCGUUACAAACGUUUAAACUUUACCAUUAAUAUGAACUCUUACUUGCAUGGAUUUUUAUGCUAUUUUAAAAGCCAGCUUUAUGAGGAUGUCUACUUGUCCAUCGAACCUAAUACACAUACGAAGAAUUUACACAGCUGGUACCCUUUAUAUAUCCCCAUAAAUAAAAUUUUAUUUUUAGAACAAGGCCAGACGUUGUCUGUAAGUAUCUGGCGCUUGACGGAUAGCCACAAAAUUUGGUACGAAUGGUGUGUUAACGGACCGCAGUCAACCUGCAUUCACAACUACAAUGCGAAGCACUUUUCUAUUGGUCGAUGA